AUGCAGAGAGCUAAGGAGAAAGCAGCUAAUGCAGCUGCCUCAGCAAAGUCUGUCAUGGAGAAGACCAAUGCCAUCGUUGAAGAAAAGGUGGAGAGAAUGAGAACGAAGGACAUAGACAAGAAAACAGCUGCUGAAUUGAACAAGAAAGAGGCCAAGGACCAAAAUGCAAAUGCUAGGCAUGGUGGAGCACAAGGCUACACCACCACCGGAGAGCCGGAAUACUCAACAACCGCUUAUGAUCCAACUAACGAUACGAUUGGAGGUGGAGGUGGAGGUGGAGGUGGAGGUCCG